UAGCACCGCGAGAUCGAUUUGUAAAUUUGCACGUGUUGUGUAUCGUAGACUGCAAAACAACCAUUUGCCAUUGCCAGUCAAUAGCUACGAUAUGGAUUUAAGAAAACCGAUUACACUCUAUUUAGUGCAUAGUGCAUUUUGUUUACUUAAAGUGAUAGUAACGUUCGCGACGGCGAUAUGUGUAUAGUUAUCAGUCGCGUCAUUUGUUUUUGUUUACCUGCAGAUAGUUAGAUACAAUGUCGCCUUCACCGAUUCGGUGCCGCGGGCCCUGGAAAAUCCACAAGCGCUCGUCUGAGCCGGACCGCUGGCUAGACGAGAUGGGGUUUUUCAGGAAGCACACGGCUAGGGACUCGAGCUGCCUGUUCAGGGCCGUGUCUGAAAACAUCUUCAACACACAGCGAUACUUCCAUAAAGUUCGGCUCGAUUGCGUACAAUUCAUGGCUUCACAGAGACACCUGUUUGAAGGGUCAUUGACUUGUCCUUUCGAAAAUUAUCUCAAAGAGAUGUCCAAUCCUUCUGAGUGGGGUGGACUCAUUGAAAUAUCUGCUAUGAGCCACUUGUAUAGACGCGAUUUUGUGAUAUUUGAAGCCAACAAAGGCCCGCAAACAAAGAUUUGCAAUGGUUAUGGAGACACUAUAUUUCUGUUCUAUUCACCUGACACUAAGCACUUUGAUGCGGUGUACACAAAAGAAUUCAUUAAUACAUCAUCAUUUUGUCAAUCACUAGUAUACGAAAUUCUUUAUGACGGAGUGUAUCAACUGAAAGACCUGUCCUAUGCUGUGGAUAAAAUGCUCCAUGACAAGAUGACCACCAACCACGUUGAGUACUUCAUGGCCGAGAAUGUGGAACGCCGCAAAAAGAAAGAGAGGGCCAAAAUAUUCAUAGAAUCUUCCAACGAAGAUGACAAGGACGGGAACAAUAAUGCAGUGGCCUUGAAGUGUAUGCACCACACUGACAAUCUCGAAAGAUCCAGCUUGCUGAAGGAAUCGCUGAGCAUCUUUGUGUUUAACCGAAGCCUCAUUCAGCUUGAAAAUGUCUGCAUGAACUGCCUCAAUGUCAACAGUGCUAAGGACUUAUUUGACAAUGGUAUAACACCGUUCCCAUACAAGGUGGCUAAAGCAUUGGAUCCUGACAUAUACCGAAACAUUGAAUUUGAUGUUUGGAGUGAGCUCAGAAGAGAGCUGCGUUACGGGACUAGAUAUUCAGAUGGGACAACUCUUCAAGUUGGCGUCAAAUGCCUGUGUAGGAUGCAAGUGGAUCAGCUUGUUCCAUACCACUGUCAUAUCCAGGAGAUGCGUCCGGACGGAGGGCCUUGCCUAGUGUUUAUUGAGGAGUUGGGAGAGAAGCGAGUGGUGAACUAUGACCAGCUGGAGCCACUGCCGGUGUCGGAGGCUCGGCCGUGGGCGCCGCCGUAUCGAUACUCGCGGGCCCACCAUCUGCCGACUUUAAGCCAAAUGUUGCAACAGAUAGGCAACAUCACACGCAAACAAGGUCUUACCAAGACCCGCAAGAAGUCAGAUGAACCUAAAAGCCCUGAGAAGGCCAAGAGCCCCCCAAAACUGCAGUGGAAGGAUGAAGUCCCGGAGGAAAACCAAUACCAGACCGAUAUCAAUUUGUCUACAUACCAGCACUUGGAUUUUGGAAACUUUCAACCACUGUCUGUUGAAGUAGAAGCGCUGCCCCUGAUGGUGGACUGCCGGCCCGGCGCCGCCGCGCCGCACGAGCUCGCCCACUCCAACGGCGACAACCAUGCCCCCGUCAACCAGAGCGUGGGAGAAGUGGGCGCGCACGGGCACGCGCACGGCGUGUCGCCGCCGGGCCCGCGCACGCCGGCGCCAGCGCCCGCUCCGCCCAUGACCAGCUAUUCGGUUCCAGUGGUGCCGGGCGCGGGCCUGAGCGGGGGCGUGCCGGUGAGCGCGGGCGCGGCGUACGGGUACGGCGGCUGCGUCAAGUCGCUGGUGUGGUGCGCCUCGCCGCCGCCGCCGCCGCCGCCGCCGCCGCCGCCGCCCGUCAACCCGCACGUCGUGAAGAGCGUGCAGCCCAACGGGGCGGACUUGCCUAUGAAUGACAUCCCGACGCUGCGCUACUACUUCAACCUCGGCGUGGAGUGCAUGUGGGCCGCCUACGGCGCGCCGCCGCCGCCCCGCCACUACUCGCCCCGCGACCUCGCCAUGGACAUGCAGCAAAUAUCCCUGCAAGAACGAGCACCCAGUGGAGGGAACAAUCAACAUGAACAUAAGCACAAGCCCGACAACAACAAGCCGUCCAUGCAGGGCAAGGGCAAUGGACAGCGGCCAUUGCUCGGACCGAGAUUCAAACGUGGCAAUCAGGACGGAUCAAUGAACAACCACCAGAAUAAGCCGCACAACAACAACGUGCCCAACAAGGGACCUAACAACCGCCGCGUGCCCGCCGAGCCGCGCUACGAGGAGGCGGGCGGCGAGCCGGCGCUGCUGCCGCUGCCCUACAUGCCCUACCCGCCGCCCAUGUACCCGCUGCCCUACUACCCUGUCGAGGACCCAGGUUACCGCGUGCCCGCCGAGCCGCGCUACGAGGAGGCGGGCGGCGAGCCGGCGCUGCUGCCGCUGCCCUACAUGCCCUACCCGCCGCCCAUCCGCGUGCCCGCCGAGCCGCGCUACGAGGAGGCGGGCGGCGAGCCGGCGCUGCUGCCGCUGCCCUACAUGCCCUACCCGCCGCCCAUCCGCGUGCCCGCCGAGCCGCGCUACGAGGAGGCGGGCGGCGAGCCGGCGCUGCUGCCGCUGCCCUACAUGCCCUACCCGCCGCCCAUCCGCGUGCCCGCCGAGCCGCGCUACGAGGAGGCGGGCGGCGAGCCGGCGCUGCUGCCGCUGCCCUACAUGCCCUACCCGCCGCCCAUCCGCGUGCCCGCCGAGCCGCGCUACGAGGAGGCGGGCGGCGAGCCGGCGCUGCUGCCGCUGCCCUACAUGCCCUACCCGCCGCCCAUCCGCGUGCCCGCCGAGCCGCGCUACGAGGAGGCGGGCGGCGAGCCGGCGCUGCUGCCGCUGCCCUACAUGCCCUACCCGCCGCCCAUGUACCCGCUGCCCUACUACCCUUAUAUGUGGUGCCGCAGCCGCGUGCCCGCCGAGCCGCGCUACGAGGAGGCGGGCGGCGAGCCGGCGCUGCUGCCGCUGCCCUACAUGCCCUACCCGCCGCCCAUGUACCCGCUGCCCUACUACCCUGUCGAGGACCCAGCCAUGAUGGGCAUGAUGGGCGGCAUGGGCUACGUGAGCUACGAGGAGUCGCUCCCGCACUACUACCCCGCGCCGCACUACCCGCCGCCCGCGCACCCGCACGGCGCGCCGCACCCGCACGCGCACGCGCACCUGCACCCGCACCCGCACCCCGCGCCGCCCGGCGCCGUGCACGAACAUCACAAGUAA